CAUUAACUCUUUCUCUCUCCUCUCAAACCCUUACCUCUCUCCUCUCUCCUCUCUCUCCUCCGAUGCCGGUUAACAACGGCGACCGGAGCUUACCGGAUCUCAUCUCCUCUCUCCUCGACACCAUCCCCAACCUCCUCAGCUUCAAAUCCAAAUGGUCUUCCAUCCGCGCCAAACUCUCCGAUCUCAACACUCACCUCACCGACCUCGCCGGAUCCUCCUCCAACCAGCUCGCUCUAGACCUCCUCACCUCCGUCAGGGAGACGCUAAACGCCGCCGUCUCCGUCGCCGCUCGGUCGCAAGACUUAUCACAUGGAAAGCUCAAGACUCAGAGCGAGGUCGACUCCGUCGCUGCUCGUCUCGAUCGCCACGUCAGAGACGCAGAGGUUCUGAUCAAGAGCGGCCUUCUUCUUCUUCAAGACUCCUCGAAGUUUGUUUCAGUUUCGUCGAAGAAGGAAGGUGUGAGAUCAGAGGCGAGGAGUCUUGUUAUACGGUUACAGAUCGGUGGGGCCGAGUCGAAAAACUCGGCGAUCGAUGAGUUGCUCGAGCUGAUACAAGGAGAUGAUAAGCACGUGAUGAUCGUUGUGGCGCAAGGAGUUGUUCCCGUUUUGGUUCGGUUGUUAGAUUCGUGUCUGAAGGAGAAGAGUGUAGCUGUGAUCGCUAGAAUCUCGACGGUUGAGAGUAGUAGACACGUGUUGAUCGCUGAGGGGUUGAGUUUACUGAAUCAUUUACUUCGUGUGCUUGAGUCAGGAAGUGGGUUUGGUAAAGAGAAAGCUUGUGUUGCUCUUCAAGGUUUGAGUUUAUGUAAAGAGAAUGUUAGAGCGAUUGGUUGUAGAGGAGGGAUCUCGUCUCUGCUCGAGAUUUGUCAAGAAGGGAGUCCUGGGUCUCAAGGCUUAGCGGCGGGUGUGUUGAGGAACUUGGCGGUGUUUGGGGAGAGUACUAAAGAGAGUUUCGUGGAGGAGAAUGCGGUUUUGGUUCUGAUCAGUCUUGGUUGUUCAGGUACGCCUCUUGCUCAAGAGAAUGCGUUAGGGUGUUUGGGUAAUUUAACGUCCGGGGAUGAGGAGAUGGUGGUGACGGUUGUUAGAGAAGGAGGGAUUAAGAUGUUAAAGAGUUUCUUGGAUUCUAAUGCUAAGUCUCUUGAAGUUGGAGUUUUGCUUUUGAAGAAUCUAGCUUUGUGUCCUGUUGUGAGAGAAGUUGUUGUCUCCGAAGGGUUUAUCUCUCGUUUGGUUCCGUUGUUGAGUUGUGGGGUUCUUGGUGUGAGAAUCGCGGCUGCGGAAGCUGUUGCUUCGUUAGGGUUCUGCUCGAAAAGCCGGAAAGAGAUUGGUGAGAGUGGAUGUGUUGGUCAGUUGAUUGAUAUGUUAGAUGGUAAAGCUAUGGAGGAGAAAGAAGCUGCUUGUAAAGCUUUGUCAACGUUACUGGUGUGCACAAGUAAUAGGAAGAUUUUUAAGAAGAGUGAUAAGGGUAUACUUAGUCUUGUUCAGCUCUUGGACCCGAAGAUUGAGAAGAUUGAUAAGAGAUACGCAGUCUCUGCUUUGGAGCUGAUUGUGACUUGUAAGAAGUGUAGGAAACGAGUGGUUGCUGCUGGUGCUUGCUUGCAUUUACAGAAGCUUGUGGAAAUGGAUGUUGAAGGAGCUAAGAAAUUGGCUGAGAAUCUUGCCCGGAGUAAGAUUUGGGGGGUGUUUGCAAGACCGUAAGAGACUCUGCAUUAACCAUUGUAUGUAAGAAACAUCGGCGAUUCUUGUCUUUUUUUCGUUUUUUUUUCUUCUCUAUAUGUUUGUUUGAUGAGUUUGGUUGUUCAUAAGGCUUGGUUGAUUGAAGUAGGGAGAGUUUAAUUGCUGAUUAGUUCUUCUGUUGACAAAAAUAAUAAUAUCUUUGUAGAGUUUGAUCCUUUUGAACUUUCCUUCUUGUCCUCUAAAACUUCAAGAAGCUGAUCUUUUCUCUCUCAAGUGUGUGAUUGAUUUAUGUAAAUCUAGGAACAGUGUAACGACUCUUCAGUGUCUGAGCUGAAACUCUGUUUUGUUGCAUAUUUGAGUUGGAUUCUGGUGGUAUGUCCUGUCUGAACAUAAAAUCAAAUAAUGUUGGUCGGAAUGCACAUGGCAUUUGUUUUGUUUAUAUCUUUCUUCGCUAAUUCUCAACUUGUUUCUUUGUGGUCCCGUAUGACUGUUACAUCUCUUUGGCACAAUACAAUUAUUCAAAUCACCAAUGAUGAUGGUAAAGUAGUGAUGUAAAUGAGUUGUCUUUCUAACAUUUAUGUUUGUUACAUUUCCUGUAAAGUUUGUUCUUCGAUCAAAACAUUAAGAGAUAGAGCAAAUCUGUUACCAG